CCCCCUUUAACAACAACCUUCACGCCGCCGCCUGAAUGCAUGAGUUACAUCUUACAGCACUGCGGGACAAAUACUUGUAGCGUAACAGCCUGUAUGUAAUACUAGAAAGUCCAUUUGUCCCCUUUGGCUUACCUAGAAGGAUACCUAAGAUGUUCUAUUUGAGCUGAUCAGGCUUCUAAGUGAUGCAUUCAUGGAAUUCUUAGAGGCUCAGACUACUAACUACCAUUGGGGAAGGGGCUGAAAUUUGGUGCGGUAAUUUCGCCAGUAGAAUUUCUUGCCUACCAAGUUAUGAUAGUUCGCACGGGGCAAAGUACACCUACUCUCCGGGGAAGAUUUGUCCUUUAGGCAUGACGACAGCAGCGAGCGCGGUUUCGCCUGAUGGUGUGUGGUGUUGCCCUUCGUACGUAGAGUUUAAAGUACCUAGGAGUUCCCUCCGAUCACACGCUGACGUUUCCUAUGUUAUUAUAGAAAUCUACCCUGGGCGGGGUCUUCUCCAUGGUGUUCAACUACGUUGACCAAGGGUUCUUUCUAUUCUGGCUUUUCUGGCUUCCGUUGCGAUUCAGCAAACCAAUACUCUAGCGUUACAUUUGGUCCCGGCGCCACCCAAGUUCUUAGCGUUUUGAACUCAGCUUCGCAGGUUGACACGGUUAUUGCGGACACCAUUACAGUAGUAGCAUCUGCGAUAGGCGUUUUCCUUAUGGGCCAAACGAUGGCCAUGGCUAAUAGUACCGAGAGUGUGGCAAUCCCCACAUCAAGUGAAGUAAAACCCAUUACAAUCCCGACAGCCGGUGCUGAAGGAGGUAAUAGUCCUUCAAGCACGUUGUCGAAUAGCGUUCUUAUAGGCGCUAUUAUAGGGUGCGUUGUAGGAGUUGGCAUACUCGCCGGGAUAGUCUAUUUUAUCUUAUCGCGACGGCGGCGGCACCACAAAACGCAACAGGAUGAUCGAUCUACGACAAUAAACGGUGCACACCAUGAUCAUAACCUAUAUGAUGGCUAUAGGAAAGCAGAACUAGACGCUUCAGUAGGGGCGACGCGGUCCGAGCUCGAAGGCACGUUGGUAAUCAGCCACGGAGCAGGCAUCCAUAUCCAGAAGCCAGAGCUAGAGGGUACGCAAAGAAUGAGCGUCGCUAGGGGUGCCGUGUACAUCAAACAUAAGGCGGAGCUGGAGGCCUGGCCAAACCAAGUCGCGGAGCUGGAAGCUAUUCCUUGCUCUGCAUCGAGAAAGAACGAAGCAUCGACAUCUCCCACAACCAAUAUUCAAGACUGAGGUCGCUUUCAUAGGGACUAAAAGCCUUCGAGACACAAACUAAACUGAACUCUGAUCUUGUAGCAUUACGACGUAACGAAGUGAGAUUGCCUAUCGGUUGGAAUAUUAAUUAACUAAAUAAAAAUUAUAAGUUAACUGCGUGAGAUAUAACUAUAUUUUUAAGAAGUGUAUGUUAGAUUUUUCAUCGAGUCUUGAAUGGUCAAACGGCUCAACAUAUCGAUUGAUAAUUUGAUAUAUUGACAUGAG